AGCACUGUGUGCCCUGCUCUGAGCUCCCAUAGGGAGCCACCCCUUUUUUGCUAUUUUUGCACCACUGCAGCACUUCAGCAGCUCCACAGUGUUUCUCCCAGGACUGAGUGGGGAAGAUGCCACUAAAGGAGAAAAAAGAAAAGGAGAAGCCUCACAGUGACAACUGUAACCCUGGGCAACAGGGGGAGAGCGUGGAGAGCCUGAUGAAGGACAUUAAUGUGUGCCGCAGCGUGGGCCUGGAGAUCAUCAACAGGACCAGGACAGUGACGCUGAAGGAGUUCAGGAGUUACUGCUUCAGUGGCAAGAUCCUGACCACUCUGCCCUUUGAAAUUGGCCCAGACUCCAGAGGAAUAUGUGCCUUUGCAAAAACUCCCUACAGCCUGCGAGGGAGCGUGGGGAUUGUGGUCUGCAAGGCUGACGCUUUCUUUUUGGCCAUCGCAUUCUCCAACCCCUUUGACUACAUCCUCUACAAAAUCGAGUUUGCCUUGGAGAUCUUCACGGAGGAGAACCACCUGGGGAUCCUCAGCGAUGUCUUCUCCAAAAUGAUGAAGAGUAAACCAUACUGCGGCUCCUCGCUCUUCCAGCGAGCCACGCUGGGGUAUGAACAUGAAACCCUGGAGGUCUCCAAGGGGAACAUUCGUGUCCAAGCCAAGAUGUCCAACAACCAAAAAGCCGUCCUGAAAGUCCAGAUUGAAAACAUGAAUCCACCACCCUACACCAAAGUCGUGUGAGGGAAGAUGGGCACCACUGCUGCCCAAAGGAGCCCCUGGGAGAUAUUCAGCAAGGAUGCAGCAAGGCUUCUCCAGCGGUCUUGGAAGGAGGUGGAUGGUGAUGAUGGAUCCCAUGGGAGAUGGAAUCACCACCUCAUGGCUUUGCUGCAGAGCUAACAGUGUUCUACAGCUUGCUAACUAACUCAUGAUUGCAUGUGAUAACCAAUAAAUAUAUUCUUACCAUCA